GUAGCAGUUCAAGAGUGCACAGCCAGUCGUCAGUCUUAGAACUUAUCAGUCACGGUUAACAUCCUGCCACAUAUCGUGGACGCGUUCGUGUUGGAUUGUGUUUUAUAGAUAAUAAUAAUCUAAAUCCAGAUCAUCAUACAGCUUGCUUUUACAGUCGUUACUUUGUUAUUCAGUUGCUAUAUUGGUGAAAUCUAGUGAUAGUGAGAUAUGGUUAGUCAGUGGGGUUUUCACAGAAGCUUUCUAGCUAGGAGACAAUGAAGUAAUUCUAGGUUGAACAACUAGCACUCGUUACGUAAUUCCGCCGUAAUACACGAACAACGAAGAAGUACUGAGCCAACAUACAUAUUUAUCACAGAUCAACGAAAAGUACAGCAACACAGGCAACGGUAGCAGCUGAUCCGGACGAUUAAGAGAAAAAAAAUAUCUACGAAACGCAAAAGAUGAGUGCUGAAGUUAAUGCCGCCCCGGACAAGACAAAUGAUGGGCUACCGGACUUUAGUCAGCGAUUUAACGAAAUGCGCCACCGGAAUCAUCUGGUAGACUGUUCGUUUAAGGUUGAAGAUAAAAUCUACCACGCGCAUAAACUAAUACUGUCCGCUGCGAGUCCAGUAUUUGAGGCCAUGUUCUAUGGUUCGCUAGCCGAAAAACAGACCGUGAAGAUAGCGGAUAUACGCCCGUGUGUGUUCGAAAGCUUGCUCGAUUUCGUUUACGUGGGACUGAUCAACCUCGAGAAAGCGUUUCAAAUCGAAGAAAUACUUGAAUUGUAUUACUGUGCCCAGAAGUAUAUGAUAGAAAGCCUGCAUAAGCAAUGCGUCAAUUUUUUCGGCAAAAACAUAAAACCCAAUAACGUUUUGAAGAUACUAGACAUCGCUUACAAUAUGAACCUGGAAGAUAUAAUUUUCUCUUGUUUAUGCGUUCUGAAACAUUUUCUAGCGUCGGGCAUGAGUCUGAGUAAUAUAAUUUUGGAGAGCAGCCAUCACAUGUCCAAAAGUUGCGUAGACCUAAUUCUUGAAGAUAAUUACGAAGUGAAAGAUAAUAUGAUUUGUAUGAUACGAGCCUGGUGUAUCGCAGAGUGUGAGCAGAAUCGCCUCGAAAUGUGUAGCGAUAGUUUGAAGGCUGUGCUUCAGGGGAUCGAACUUCCCGACAAGUUGAAAGACACUAUUGUCGAUUGCAGUUUCACAAGUUUUCAACCGGUCACAUCCGGUGAGAAGAACAAUUGGACUCCGAUCCAACGGAUCCACUAUAAAGCUGUGAGACCAUUAAUCAUUGGUGAUGAGAUGAGCUUUGAAGCGAGCAUCACUUGUAAUCGUUUCAUCGUGUUGAAAUCGCUUUGCAUCAAUAGCAGACUAACUCCGCAAUUGAAACAAAAUGAAGUAUGGCGGGACACGUAUACGGAAAAUAUUUCCGUGGAAAUUUGUUCCAAAUUCAACAACAAAAUCGAGCCAAUCUACAAAAAACAACUUUUCAUCUGCGAUGUAGCUUUCAACAAUAACUUGGAAAUUAAUCUCGACAAUCAAAUUGUACUGUUUCCGGAUAUCGCCUAUAUGGUUCGACUGAAAUGGGGCCCGGACAGUUUGGGCUACGAAUACCCGCGAAGCAUUUUAUCAUCAUUCGGGAAGAGUAAACAGUUUCGAGUAAACUUUAGUGAAAAUAUAUAUUUAGAGACCGAUGGUAGCAUUUUGACUGGGAUCGUCUGUGAUCUGUAUCAAUGAACAAACAUGUUUGUUAUCAGUAAAGACGCCAUUUAUGCUUAAUGCUGUGAUGGGAAUACAAAUAAUACUGUAUUUUAGGAUCUAAUAAUACAUCGUGGCCACCUACUAAGUUAUUCGUCGAUAGAACAAAUAGGAUUCCAUAACUAAUUGUAUGCUUUUGAGUUAUCAAGUAACAUCAUUACCUGUAUCAGAUAAUU